AAUUUAAAAGUUUUAGGUGUGCGUUUCUUGUUACUAUACCACAAGGUUGUUUUUGGCGCCUAAGACGGCGACGAUUUUUUGGCCGCAGGACACAACGAAGUACCUGAAACAGAAAAUAAAAGAAUGUUUCAAUCACCAGAAUAUAGUAACACAUUGUCACUGAAGUUAUCUGAGGUGUUAGAGGAUGUUGGUGUCAAUGAGAAAAUGGUAAUGAGAAGAAGAAGAGCUUUUAUGCUGAAGGAGAAUAUGGAAACUGUUGAAAGGAGGGCAAGUGAUGGGAACUUCACAGCAUAUUGUUUUGGGAGUCAAUCUGAAGGCACAACUACUUUAGGACUUAAUUCAGAUGCUGACGCACUGUUUAUGGAUUAUGAUUUUAAUGUUAUACGGGACUCGUCAGAGUGGAAACAGAAUAAAAUAAAUCUUCUUAUGAUAAAGGAUGAGAAUGUAACACCUGGAUAUUGUUUUUUACAGGUACUUCCUUCGGAUGAGCAUCUCUUUGAGACAAACACUAUUUGUAGAGAUAAUAAAGGGAGGAUAUUAUUGAAAAGUACAUGUUUGACUGGUAUACUUGAAGGUACUGAGAGACAUGGUCCAUCUAACGUUAGGCCGGAGAAAGAUGGAUACAAAGCUGUUGAUAUAGUAUUUGCGUUUCCCUGUAAUUCAUGGCAACAGUCAACUUCACAUUUACUAGACAGACAUAGCAUAGGGGGAUGGCCAACAUCUGAAAUGAUCAGAUAUGCUGCUAGUAAUGAUUGUUUUGAUGUUGGUGCUAGCAGUAAGAUUAGUACUUACCCGGAACUAGAAUGGAGAAUAUCCACAUCAUUAGGUGAAAGAUGCUUUAUGUUUAAUCUAAAUAUAACACAAUUACAUUGUUAUGUUUUGAUGAAAAUUAUGUUGAAAUCUUUUCUAACACCUCAAAGAGAAAGUGCUUUGUCUAGUUUUAUGUGUAAAACGGUAGUAUUACACUGUAUACAAAACGCCGACCGAAACAUUUGGAGAAAGAACAAUCUGUUCACCUGUUUAACAUAUUGCUUGCUUGAACUGCUAUGCUAUAUUCAAAAUGAAAAUUGCCCGCAUUUUAUAAUUCCCGAGAACAACCUUAUGGCCGGACAGUUUUCGCCUGUAGACAAACGUUACCUUUUACGGAAGAUUAGUGACAUUAUACAGAGUGAUGGUAGAUGUUUGCUUCAUAUAAGUAUUGAUGAUAUUGGUAAUCGAUUACAGGUCAAACUUCAACCAAAUCGUGCAAUACCUCAUAAUUUGCCUACUCGUCGUUUUAUAAAUGAAUUAGGUUCGGGUUGGUUAUUUAUCACCAUAGCAAGAUAUUUUAGCGGUAACACAAUAUGGCUAUUACAUGGCAUUUCAAAUGGUCAUAUAGCCAAUAUCAAACAAUUUAUCUUAAAGCUAGCAAACUAUAGUGUUCAUGGACACAGACUAGAACAGCUUGCAAGCCGUUAUCUGUUGCCGUCUCUUUAUUCUACCCUUGGAUCUAUGAUGGUGUCUUCAGAUGUUCAACAGAAUACCGCCAUUCAAUAUAACGCACUAAAGUGGCUAUCACUAGGUCUAAACUCGGAUGUAACAUCCGGCAGACUUAAACUAGCGUCAGUGUUGUAUUGUGUAGGCUUUUUGGAUAAUGUGGAGUUCAUUCUAAGACAAACUGAAAGUCGAUACAAAUGUUAUAUUGUUGAAUCUCUAUGUGGUUGCUGGGCCCAUCCAUGGUCUAAACAGUCUUCAGAAUUUGACAGAAAAUGUUAUGAACUAAAAGAAGAUUCCAUCAAUCAGAUCACAUCAUUUUGUGUCAGAUUCGUGCAAGAGGAGGUCAACUGUGUUCCUCGAGAGUUGCAAUAUGAAAUGAAGAGAUCUACACAAGAUGACAUGCAGCACAGAAGUUUUGGGGAAGAAAUGUGGAUGAAUUUUGCAGUGGUUGAUUCUCUCCCCUUUCUCUACUUUUUACAGUACAAGACAUAUGGACAUCUACAAAGAAACCAGGAUCGACAACAAGCACUUUGUAACCUUAUAAAUAUAACAAUGUCUGGCAGAAACCUUGGUCAUAGGGAGACAGCACUGAACCUUAUAGGUCAAUGUAUGGAACAGGAAAGCAAAUUCAAUGCGGCAUUACUGUCUUAUAUGCUUUCCCUUCAACUACGAAGAAGGAACAACUCGGCAAAGUUUCACAUUUGUAAUUUAUUAAGAAAAUAUGCCUCUCGCCUGAACAGGUUUCAUUUUAUCUUAUGCCUACCAUUUGGUACCAAGAUUUUGAAAAUUGGUGAAAAAAUGUUGGAGUUAUGGCGUUCAUAUUAAGAUGAGUGCUGAAAAAUGAGCGGCGAGUUGCAUACCUUUACUAAAUAAUUAUAUAUGUAUCAAAUUUUAUUCUUUUUGUGGGAAAUGAAAGAAAUUGAAUUAAAAGCAUAUACCAAAAGUUAAAGCAUGUUUCAAAUAAAAAAUACUGCAGUUUACAGGUUUUGAGAGGUAAGAGGGUUGUUCGGGGUGGAGGUGGUUGUGACCAAUCAACGCGCCGAACACCUAUGGUUUUCAGAUAACCCGAACCCACGGUCGUUCACUACCGGUCUCUUUCUUUUGUGUUCUUAAUUGUUAAAAUUUCACUAAAUAAACACUAACAUAUACGUAAUUCACAGGUUAUAUAUUUUUAUCACUAAACCCUGCUGUUUUAAUUAAAAUGUACAAGAAAGGGUUUAUAUAAACCAACUGCUGGUAUACAUUGUUUCGCGAUGCACGGAAUGCAACUUCCGUUUCUAAUGAAAUAUCGCAUUGUGAAUAAGCUAUUGAUGACGCCUGAGUUGUUCCGAAUGUUUGAAAUGGUCUAAUCUGUUUCCCUGUCCUGUUAUGGUUCCAAUCAGAUUUUUCUGUCCAAAGGACUGCGCCGUAAAUAAAAUAUUCCAAACAACCAGAUAAUGAACGCAAAAUUAAAAGCAGUCGAGCACCUGUUAGCCUUAUCCAAUCAGAUAAUGUCCUUAAAGUAGCCAAUGAAACCGUGUCUUGGUUUCCACGGUAAAAAACGAACGCCACAACAACAAUAAUGAAGCAAGUUUUUCCCUCGAUUCAGUGAAAAAUGUUUGAAUUUCUUUGACUAAAGUAAUUCUUUAUGUCAUAAUUAUGAUACACAAAUUGUAAAAACUUGCCAUUUAAUUAAUUUUCAGCUGAAAUGCCCUGUGCACAUUAUUCACCAGAACCAUGACUUAACAGCAGAUGACUUUUAACU